CUCCCGCCCCUUACCUCAGUUAUUCCACUACCGCUGGCGGAUUGUGUGAAGGCGAAGAAGAAGAAAGAAGAUACCUGCCCGGCAUGGCGACGUCGACCGUCGCCAGAGUCGCCAUCAUGGCUUCCUUGCUCCUGGGUCUCGCAUCCGUCGCAUCCGCCCAGGUGGCCCAUACGAGCACGAUGCACGACCUGCCCGACUACCUCGACAAUUCCGCCAUGGCUCUUUCGAUAUCCCCGUCCAUUCCCGGCACCGUCGUCCUCGAGUACAAGGUCGCGCCAUUGACUCGGGAUGCCGGAUUGAAUCAGACCAAUGAAAAUUCGUUAAGGGUAUUUAACGUGCGAGCCAGUAUGGUUAUCGCGGAUCAGCAAAACUACAGCGAACUCGAUGUCAGAAACAACAUUGUCUACAUGACUUGCGACUCCGCGACCAAUAGCUCCUACAUCACCCCGGAUGACGUGCUAAAUGCGAUCAUGGCCAAAGGACCAAAGGCUAUUUUAUUAUUCAGCACUGCCGGAACUUGCUGUUCGCUGGAGGGCCCCAACCUGCCAUUCACGUCCGUCUGGACCAUGACCGAUCCGCAAGAAGCUUGGAUGACCAACAACUUGAUUUCGGAUCCUACGGAAAUUACGAUCGCGACGAUAUCAGGGAAUUACAGCGCGGCAGAUCGCGGCAACGACCAGCCGCAAGGCAAUAACUCUGCUGUAGCAAUGAGCAUUUUAUACAGUAUCACUGGCCUAAUCACCCUACUAUUCCUCAUAAUCAUUGCUACCGGGGCAAUUCGCGCGCACCGGCAUCCCGAGAGAUACGGCCCGAGAGCUAGUUACGGUGGGAGACCGAGGCAGAGCAGGGCGAAGGGUCUCGCGAGAGCCGUCCUCGAAACUCUCCCCAUCGUCAAAUUUGGCGACCCCCAUCCGGCGAAGCCAGAUCUCGAAAACGAGCUGGACAGUAUCUCGGGAGACCGACCACAGCAACAGCCUACAGCCACUACACGUAGCGGCGAGCCCAACGGUGCCACGGAGGCCGGGGCCUCUCCAGAGGCGGCAGCGGCAGCGGCAACGUCGAAGAUCGGCUCGGGUGCCGCAUCUGAAACCUCCGUCGUAUCGGACAAAAACAAGACCGACAGCGCGCGAGCGGAAGACGAUCACCUUGGCUGUUCGAUCUGUACAGAGGACUUUACGGUUGGGGAAGAUGUCAGGGUGCUACCUUGCGGCCAUAAAUUCCACCCGCAGUGUAUUGAUCCAUGGUUGGUCAACGUGUCCGGCACAUGUCCUUUGUGUCGGCUUGAUCUCCGCCCUCAAGAAGAUAGCGAGGAUGACCACACAGCUGGUCAUCUCGAUAUACACAACGACCACGUCGACAGUUUACCAAUUCCCCCGUCCGAGGACGACGCAGAUGGGGUACAAAGAAGGCGAAUAUCUCGACUUUUGGACUGGAAUAGGCUGCGACACGCCACCGUCGACGAGCGUAUUCAGGCUCUUAGACAAUACCGGCAAUCCCAGCAAGGGGCAGGGGCAGGAGCAGGGAGCGGCUCGGCCGAAGACCAAAGCCGUCAUGCUAAGCUUUCGGACAGGUUGCGAGAGAAAUUCCACAUUCGGACACGGGUUCACCCGCCGGCGGACUCGCCGUCUACAGGCCGCUAGCUUUCGUGUCCUAUGAAUCCACAGUACGAUGUUCUGAACGGGAUUGGUUGUAAUUGGUGGUGAUUUAAUGCGAUGGGAGGCUCCUGGUACGACAAUGAAGCAAAAACG